AUGUCUCGGGCUGCCCAGCCAGAUCUGCAGCCAAGUGCUAGUCUAGCUGCCACCGACGCCUCCCUCUCACCGUCCCAGGCCGCAACCCUCCUCGCCUCCUUCACCAACUUCCUCACCGUUGCGCUGCACUCCAUCCUCUACCACCGGAAGCUCUACCCGGCCGCUACGUUUCUCACAGCCCGCGCCUACAACCUGCCGGUUCACCAGUCUCGACACCCCGGAGUCUGCGCCUGGGUGCGGGACGCCGUCGCCGCCGUCGCCUCGCAGGUCCGGGCUGGCUCUGCGCGGCAGGUCGCCCUCGUCAUCCACGCACCCGCCAGCUUCGACGUCGUCGAGCGCUGGAUAUUCGACCUGCAGUCGUUUCCCGCCGCCUGGGGCGACAGGGACACGACCCCCGCGCCGCCCGCCGAUAUCAACCAUGCCGGCCGGGAUCCCGCCGCGGCUGACGAGCCCGUCAACUGGACCGAUGUGAACGAGGCACUACGGGGGGCCUUGAGCAGGAUUUCUCAGGUCGCUCAGAGCAGACCACAUCUCCCCGAGGCCUGUACAUUUACAAUGGGCGUCGAACUGCGCGACCAGGCUCUGCCACCAAUUCAGGCUGAUCUCCAAAUACCAUCCGAGACCAGGCUAGAACCAGGCCGGGCCGUCAGAGGCACAGCCACCGCGCCGAUUCGCUCUGUGCAAGCAGGGCCCCUGUACUUUGAAUGCUGGGUUGAGCAAGCAAAGCUUCCGCCCAGCACUACUACUCCCGAGGCACCCUCACGUUCGCCUACAUUUGACAGCAGUGAAGGUCAACCAGACGCUACAACAUCUUUCAGUUUGUAA